AUGGCAGAAUGUAACAAUCUGUUUGCAUUUGUGCUAUCUGGUUUUUGGAUGGAUGUGGGACAACCGAAAGAUUUCUUGAAGGGAAUAUCGCUAUUUCUUGAGCAUAAAAGGAGAACGGACCCCUCAUUUCUAUCCAAGGGUGACUCAAUUCAUGGCAACGUCCUUAUUGAUGCUACGGCUAGCAUUGGAAGCAAUUGUCGCAUAGGACCUAACGUGGUCAUUGGUCCCAGAGUUCGCAUAGAGGAUGGCGUGUGCUUACGACAGUGCACAAUAUUGUCUGAUUCUAUCGUACGCACCCAUUCUUGGAUAAAUCAAACUAUUGUUGGCCGCAAGUGUUCCAUUGGUAGAUGGGUACGCAUUGAAAACAACUGUGUCAUUGGCGAUGAUGUUGUAGUAAGUGAUGAGUUGUACCUCAAUGGGGCACAAGUUUUACCUCACAAGUCAAUCUCGAGUAAUGUUCCUGAACCUCAUAUCAUCAUGUGA